AUGACUAUUGAUAAAAUCAUCAGCGACCCCAGCCUCGCCGCUGUCUUGCAGGUGUCGGACCAGGCACGCGAUCAGGCCCUCGACCUGCUGCAACUAGUCGCUCAGGCCAGCACGCGCCCGACGCCUGAAAACCAGGUCGAGAUUGCCAAGCAGCAGAAGCGUCUCCUGACGAGCAUAUCGCACCUGCGCGGCCUGCAACGAAACGCGUCGUUUGCGGCGCGCGGCACCAAAACACAGACGGCCGAGCGCCGCCAGGACGUCGAUCGCCUCCAUCUGCAGCUGCAGAAUUUGUACUACGAGCAGCGUCACCUCCAAGGCGAGAUUGUCGCCUGCGAGUCGUACGACCACAAAUACCAGCAGCUGCCGCUGAUUCCGGUAGAGGAAUUUCUCGCGCAGAACCCAGACCGCGCCACCGACGACGAAAAUGAGCUCAUGUAUGCGAGAAUUGAGCAUGAGAGAGCCGAACGCGAAGGCCUAGAGCAGCGUCGACAAGAGCUGCUCAAGAGAAAGCAGAAGCUGAUUGCCGAAAAUAUGCGCCGUAAGGAGGAUCUUGCCAACCUCGACCAGAACCUGGAAAAGUUCAUCGAUGCCGCCAAGCCCAUCCUAGAGCUCUUUGAGAAGGCUCCUUGA